CUCCAGCCCCGCCCCUCCGUACCCACAGGCUCGGGCCAGCCGGGCCGCGGGUCCCCGACAGGGGGCGGCCUCGCUCCGCACCGCGGACACCUCGGCAGCCACCGCCCGGGCUGCCGCUCCUCCCCCGGCCCCGCCUACCCGGCCUCGCGCCGACCGCCUGUCCGCCGGUCUCUGCAAGACCCGUCGGUCUGUCCGCUCGCCCGUCCGUCCGCUGCCCCGGUCCCGCUAACCCGAGUGCGCGGGUCGAUUCGUCGGUUCCGGCUGCCGCAAACCUGUCUCCCGACUCCGCGCCGCCUGCCUCUGCUACGCGAGGCCCGGGGAUUGGCAGGACGCGUAGGCCGCGCCGCGGCGGAUGGAGCCGGAAUAAAGAGGCGGCAGAGAAAGCAGCUGGUCUCCGCUUGCCCCGCGCCUGACCCCUGGAGCAGAACCGAUUACUGGGGAAGGCAGAGCCUUCUUGGCGUUGCUGGGACCCUGUCUCGAAGAGCCCCCCUGUCCUGUAGGCUCUCUUCUUGGCUAAUGACAAGGGCUAUCUGACAAGACCUCUGUGCCUUGUGUGAGGUUCUUGUCCGUUCCUGAGAUCCGGUAGCUUCUCUCAGGGUUAGGUUCACCUUAAGCGGGGAAACUGAAGCCGUUACUGUCCAAACCCAGUUUCAUCUUCCCAAGCAUGUCAGAAAGCUGGCAGCAGCCACCGCAGACUCAGCCACAGCAGCCACAGGCACCGCAGCCUCAGCACCAUGCUGCAGAGACACCGCCAGCGCUGGCUGAGCACACGCUGCCCCCGGGCUCAGCCGAGAACCCCCUGGGCUGUGCCGUGUACGGCAUACUCCUGCAACCCGACCCAGGCCUGCAGCCCCCACAGCAUGCACCCCUGCAAGCCGGGGAGCCGGGCCCCAAGUGUGGCGUGUGUGGCCAUGAUCUGGCACACCUGUCCAGCCCGCAUGAGCACCAGUGCCUAGCAGGCCACGACCGCUCAUUCCAGUGCACCCAGUGUCUCAAGAUCUUCCAUCAGGCCACCGACCUGCUGGAGCACCAGUGUGUGCAGGCGGAGCAGAAGCCUUUCGUCUGCGGCGUUUGCAAAAUGGGCUUCUCCCUGCUCACCUCGCUGGCCCAACACCACAGCUCCCACACUGGCAUGGUCAAGUGCUCCAUUUGUGAUAAGACCUACAAGCCAGCUGAGGCUGCCCAGCCGGCCACCACCACCGCCCCAUCACUGCCCUCAGCACCUCCGCCUGCCAACGUAGCCCCCGUGGAGCAACCGGAAAAGCCCUACAGCUGCCCCGUUUGCCAGAAGCCCUUCAAGCACCUGUCGGAGCUCUCCCGGCAUGAGCGGAUCCACACCGGAGAGAAGCCGUAUAAGUGCACGCUGUGUGACAAGAGCUUCAGCCAGUCCUCGCACCUCGUGCACCACAAACGCACUCACAGCUCGGAGCGGCCCUACAAGUGCGCCGUCUGUGAGAAGACCUUCAAGCACCGCUCGCACCUGGUGCGCCACAUGUACGCGCACUCCGGCGAGCAUCACCUCUUCCGCUGCAACGUGUGCGAGCUGCAUUUCAAAGAGUCGUCCGAGCUGCUGCAGCACCCCUGUACCCCGAGCGGUGAGCGGCCCUUCCGCUGUGGCGAGUGCCAGAAGGCCUUCAAGCGGCCGUCGGACCUGCGGCAGCAUGAGCGCACGCACAGCGCGGAGAGGCCCUUCAAGUGCGAUCUGUGCCCCAUGGGCUUCAAGCAGCAGUAUGCACUGAUGCGCCACCGGCGCACACACAAGACGGAAGACCCCUUUAAGUGCGGUCUGUGCGAGAAGGGCUUCGGCCAGCCCAGCCACCUGCUCUACCACCAGCACGUGCACACCCUGGAGACUCUGUUCAAGUGCCCGGUGUGCCAGAAGGGCUUCGACCAGUCGGCUGAGCUGCUGCGGCACAAGUGCCUGCCGACCUCCACCGAGCGGCCUUUCAAGUGCCCCGUGUGUAACAAGGCCUACAAGCGGGCAUCCGCCCUGCAGAAGCACCAGCUGUCUCACUGUGCUGCUGCCGAGAAGCCUCUGCGGUGCACCCUAUGCGAGCGCCGCUUUUUUUCUUCCUCGGAGUUCGUGCAGCACCGCUGUGACCCGACCCGGGAGAAGCCGCUCAAGUGUCCGGACUGCGAGAAGCGCUUCAAGUACGCUUCAGACCUGCAGCGCCACCGGCGGGUGCACACGGGCGAGAAGCCCUACAAGUGCCCCAGCUGUGAUAAAGCCUUCAAGCAGCGAGAACAUCUCAACAAGCACCAGAGCGUGCAUGCCCGAGAGCAGCAGUUCAAGUGUGUGUGGUGCGGCGAACGCUUUCUGGAUGUGGCGCUGCUACAGGAGCACAGUGCCCAGCACAGUGCUGCCGCCGCAGCCGCGGAGGGCGCCUACCAGGUGGCAGCCUGCUUGCCCUAAGGCCUUGGCGCCGCCACCUGCCCUGUCUAGUCUUGCCUGCUUGCAGCUGCAUGGCAGCAAGCCUGUCAGUCAGCUCCCUCCUCAGGAGUCAGGACCAAAGGGCUCUUCUGGGCAGGUGGAGGGUGCGCAUGUUCAGUAUUAGCACCAGCCUGGCCGUGGGAAGAGCCAAACUACUGUGGCCAGACCCCGAUUCCAUUUACUUCUUCCCCAUGACAGGACUUGCUUUCUGAGAACCUGCUGCACCCUUACCUGUAGGGAACUUGAAUUCUACCUGUAAUCAGGUGCCUCUGCCCCAGGAGUGGGGGAUGCCAACCCAAUUUCCCCAGAUCUUUCAGCCUAGUUAGAAAGCUGAUGGCUUGGGAAGAAGUCAGUAUGGUUGCUUCUCAAGUUGCUUUUUUAUUGGGGGUGGGGGGAGGCAAGCUUGUGACAGAUCUGGGGACUUAGAAUAUAGACCACAGAGCUACAGUCCCCAACUGCCCAGCUAGGACAAAUGUGCCCCAACCCCAAGUUUCUGAUAGUUAGAUAUGUAGGAUAGGAGUCUGCAGGUACUGUCUGCUUGGAGACUAGGGGCCCAGUUAGGGUGGGGGAAGCAGAAACAUUCCACCCUCAGGUCAGCCAGUGCUGUCCACAGGGAAAGGGACACAAGCAGCCCAUGUGCUAAGGGUGGUCCUCAGUCUGUGGAAGCCCCUCCUGCCUGUGAGUGGUUCUGAGCUGCAGGGGAAUGAGUGUGCCCGGAGCAGAGCUGUUGUGUGGGAGUGGAGGACCGUUGGUCCCGACUCCCAGCUUCACCCCUGGGCUGGGGAGGAAGGACGGCCAAGCCCAUGAUUUCCCCGGCAGAUAUAAACAGGUCCCUUCCUACGUUGUGUGAACCAAAGUGUCUGGGCUCAGAGUCAUAGGCUUGUCCCAGCCCUACCUGAGGGCCGGAGGGAGUGCCAGGUGCCCAAGGUGAGGACUGUCCUCUUACCCCACAGAGCCCUCAGGCCCUAAGGAUUGUCCAUUGCCAAAACAGCCUGCUGUCCUUUGAGCCCUGGAGCCCCUUAGGUCUUUGGCUUCUCACAGCCUGCUCCCUGUAGCAGACGUGGAUGCACAAGAAUUGGGAAGCCGAGCAGGCAGCAUUCUUGGUGGGUACACGGUCAGCCACCAUCACCAGACAGCCAGAGCCACCACAAGAACCUGGAACGAGAACCUGGAGGACCUUUGUUGUCGCAGUCAUCGUUCUGAACCCAGCACUGACCACGCCCCUUUCAGCCCCCCCUCCCUGCCCCCCAGAGUCUUGAAAGAAGACUGAUCACUAAGGGGCCAGAUGGGUAGAAGGAAACCACCUCACCUCAUCUGAAAAGUCCAGCUGGCCACAUCCGGCUGCUCUGUCUGCCCAGGUUCUGUCCUGAGUCCACAGAGACUGAGGUUAGCACUUAUCUCGGGUUGACUCUUGGUCACAGAGCCUAAAAAGCUGGCACUCAGGCUUAUAACAGCCUGGUCCUAACUGCUAGGGUUUUUUUUUUUUUUCUUUCAUUUUUGCAUUCUAAAAGCUGUUUAUUAUACUAUUCAUAACAUUGUAUAGCUUAAUUUCAUGUCAUUUUGGAUCAUAUAUAAAUAUGAGAGUUUGGAAUUUUUAAAAGAAUGACUCCAUUUUAGGCAGCCACUUUUGAUGUUAAUAUACAGUGAGUUUGAUGUGUGCUCUAGAAGUAAAGACAUUGACCGGUGCAGCCCACAGCUCUUCUACUUGUUCUUUGCAGAGGGUUUGUUGGGAGGUGCAGAGGCUGAGAGACAAAGCAGACCAAAGGAGCAGGUUGGAGCGAGGCUUGAAUCCUGAGCUUUGAGGCUCCUGGCUGUGUAAGCUUGGACUGGUCACUUAACCUCUUUGGGACAUAGUCGCCAUAUCUGUCAAAAAACAGAUUGGAAGGUUAACUUGCCCCACUGUUUUGAGAGUUGCAUGGAGUCAUUGUUGAGACUCUGCAGGGAAGCCACAGACAAGCCAACAGCUACCAAUGCAGCAUACCUCACCCCUCUUGACUAAGGUUCAGUCUUAACCCUCGAGGGAGCUGGACCAUGAGAGACCAGCAACUCAUGAAAGGCCAGAAGCUACAGAUGGCAAAAAUAAACAAAUAAGUAAGUAAGUAAGCAAAUAAAUAAAUAAUGUAUUCAGGUGCUCCCUGGAACAGUGGUGGCCCCACCUAGCCCAGCUGGCCCACACUCCUCCUUCUCAGUCUGUCCGACAGUGAGCCCUCUGUGAAUCGAACCCGGGCAGGACCUUUUACCUUAGUUCUUCCACGUAUUUCUACUGUACACCAUCCUUGUCCUCAACUGCAGCUCACAUGCCUCCAUUUCUCAAAGGCCAGAGUGGGGCUGGAAAGGAGAACUAGCCAAGGGCUCCUUGUCCUAGAUAAGGAUAGAAAAGUUCAAAGGACAUGCAGCUACCCACACUAUAACUGUUCAGAAACUUAUGAUGAGACCCCAUCUUUUCUUAUCCCCUCUGUGGCCCCUGGGAAGCCAAGAAGUUCCUUCCUGUCGGCUUCCACCACUCAGCAGCUAACAGCAAGGGGCCUUUGUGGCUCUGCCAGGCUUAAGACCCAGUUUCUUUUCUAGUUGUGUGGCAAGAUAAAACUCUGUUUAGUGGGCAGGAUAGAUCGGGACAGACCUGUCCAGAUCAUCUCAAGGCUCAGAGAUUGUCUAAGCCACACAGGUAAAAGACAGGCAGUGUGACCUGAGAGCCACCCAAUCUGGCCAGGGGAAUGAAGGCAACAAAAUGCUCUCCCUGCCCAGCUGGUGUUCGGCUUCUUCUGUGCAGACAGAGAGACAGGUCCUUAAAGGGCCUGCACCUUCCAGCACUGUCGUGAAAGGUCAUUUCCAACCCGUACGUCCCUCCUGGCCUGUAGCCCUGUUCUUCCUCCAGAGCAGACCUCUGUCCCAUGCUGGAUGACUCUGCAGGAGUCCCCCAAACUCACAGCUGACUCUCGUGACAAGGCCUGCAUCCCAUCCUCAACGAAGUGAUUUUGUCCCUGAGCAGUCAGUUGUACGUAGCUUCAGGAAGAGCCUUGGCUGCUAUCAGUCUACAUUCCCAGCCAUCUCUGCUGUAGGCUCCUGUAAAGGUCGGUCUGUGGGGAGGCAGGAAGCUCCCUCCUCACCAUGUCCCCACCCCAGCCUGGCUCUACAAUCCUAUGUUUGCUUCUUCCACAACCAUAACGUGAAUACCUGCUGUUUCCCAGGCGUAAGGCAAGAGCUUCACCCGAGCGUUUCAGAACUGAGUAGAGUAGGGGCUGAGGAGAAGGCUCAGUUAGUGCAGUGCCUGCUGCUCGAGCAUGAGGCUCCGAGUUUGGAUACCCAGCACCUUCAUGGCCGUGUGAUUCUGUGAUCCUAGGCUGAUAGUGGGAGGAGCACAGGUGGGAGAAUGACGAGACAGACAUACAGACAUUCCUGGUGUUCAUACCAGUCAGUCGAACCACUUGAGAGACCCUGUCUCAAAAAAACCGUGAGGUGAGGAGUGAUUGAAGAUACCUGAUGUUGACUUUACCCUCUGCGUGUCUGUGCACCCACAGACAAGCACACGGUAAAAAUGGCCACUGACACCUGGGCCCUGUAAUCUCCACGCCACCCCAUCUUAUUUCUGAGCCUGCCCUUCUGCCAGCCCCAGACCCUGAGCUAGGAUGCAUGUUCUCCAUGUUGCUCUGUAAUAAACAUUACUGUUACUUUA